AUGGCUUAUACUUACAAAGUUCCAGUAGCGGCUGCGGUUGCAACAGCAGUGCUCUUUCUAGCGGUAAUGAUCGCUCCUCAAUGGACAGAAGCAACAAAACCAAAAACGAUUCCACCUUCAAGUUCUAGCAAAAAUAGAAAGGGGGAUCCUUGCCCGUUAGCGAUUCCCGAAAUCGUCAAACAUUGCUAUGCAACGAUGAGCUUGGUACCAUCAGAAAAAUGCUGCAAGGAUCUCAAAACGGCUAGCAAGAAGGAAGUGAAUUGUCUCUGCAACAAGUUCAUUGCAAAUCCUUCUAACCGCAACUUAACCCGACCUCUCUACGACCAAAUCAGCCGCGCUUGUGGCGUUCUUAAGAAAUUCGCCUGUAAUGGCAAAGGCGGAGAGGCCAACGGAGGAGCAAAGAACAAGAUUGUUGCAUCAAUAUUUGGUUUGAUUCACGAGUUCGACGAUCCCAGUGGUUCCCGUUGGAUCACAAGGGAGACAAUCCUCACUCCUUGUGAUCUACACGUCUCCACGUUUCACUGUUUUCUGUUGCAACUGGUGGCUUCUUCAUCAAGUUACAGAGGAUUUCUCUUGAAAUUUUCCAAUCUCACUAGUACGACUAUGCUUGGUCCAAGGGGACGCUCUAGCUCUGUCCUUACGACAGAAGCUAAGGUGAGGGAGCAGGAACAGUCUCGUUAUGCUGAUCAACGUUCUCAGAAGCAGGGAAAGUCAACAGAACAAGGGGGACAAGAACAUGGAAGAGCAAAGAGGAUUGCAAGUGCCAUUGUAUCACCACAUGGGCCUACUAAUGUAACUGCGACUCUCGAGGUCACAAACCAGCCUCACGUUAAUGUUGUUCCAUAUGAACAACAAGGUCUUCAUCGAUCAUCUAACCGUAAUAGCAAGGAGGCGCUAUCAACUAAUCACCCAAAACCUUGGUUAAAGAGCACCAUUGUGCCUCCACUGCCUUCUUCCCAAGAAAUGGAUACUAAUGUUACCAAGCGUGUAAAAGGAGCGCCUCGUGCUCUUACAUUCUCUCCAAAUUCUCUACAAGCGGACAUCAAUGGACAGGAAGGAGAUCAGAUGAUAGGAGCGCUUAAUGACAUGGAGACAACAAUGGAUAUGGAGGAAGAGAAGUUGGACUAUGGCGAGCAAGAUGAUGACUUAUUAGGGGAAGAGCUUAUGGCAUUGCAGGAGACGGAGAGGAAGGAUACGGAGUCUCAUAAGUACUCGGGCUCAUCUAGUUCUAGUGCUGUGAUCCGCAAGGAUAGAGCGAAGAUUUCACGUGAGAAGAAUAGAUCGAAUGCUCCAAUUUCUUCGUCGGGGUUCCCCAAGAAACUUUGCUGCUUCCUCUCCUGGACCGCGAGAUGCUGA